AUGGACAAGGUUGAUUACGUUCGAAAAGCAAACACUAUCUUUAAUGACAGGGAAGCUUACGCACCACUCGCUGAGGACCCGACGAAGAAGCAGGCCGCGGUUAUAAAGAAGAAGGUGAAUGAACUCGCUCGACUGAAGCUGAUUAACCCAAAUGACUCUAAAUGCAUGACUCUCACUGACCCCCGUAUCGCGCAUGCAUAUGGCCUUCCAAAAGUGCACAAACCAGAUGCACCAUUGAGGAUAAUAGUGCCACUCAUCGGGUCGCCCACUUACAACCUAGCCAAAUGGCUUUACAGGCAUCUGAAGCGCCUCGCUGUUGGAUCACAAUACAGCAUCACAAAUUCUCAGGCAUUCCUUCAAAGGAUUGAAGGUCUUAAAGUAAGUCCUGAUGAAAGUAUUCUAUCAUUUGAUGUUGUCGCAUUGUUUUCCUCAAUACCACAUGACCUUGCCAUUGAGAGCGUGGCCCAACGCUUACGAGACAGUCCCAUCGACCUUCCAACACAUCACGUUCUAGAAUUGCUUAAGCUCUGCCUCAAUAACUAUUGCCAAUUCGAUGGCAAAUACUACCAGCAGGUUAAGGGCACCCCAAUGGGUUCGCCAGUUUCGGGGCUACUUGCAGAAAUAGUCUUACAACGACUAGAACAAGAUGUUGUGCAAAGUUUCCAACCAAAAACGUUGCUCAGAUACGUAGAUGACACAUUUGUCAUCGUUAAGACCUGUGAAGUUGAGCGAUUUCACCAGAGCUUGAAUGGCGCCUUCCCAGCACUACAAUUCACUCGUGAAGAUGCAAAAGGAGGCACCCUCCCGUUCCUAGACGUGAGCAUACAAAAGCUCAGUGACGGCGGCAUCGCAACAAGCGUUCAUCGGAAAAACUCUGACGCUGAGAUCAUCCUGAGCUAUCAGAGUAACCACCCAGCAGCCCAUAAAAGAAGCUGUGUUCGGACCCUUUUCCUCAGGGCCUAUCGUUACUGCAGUAGCGCCGAUUUACUCAAAGAUGAACUGGCCUACUUGUAUCGCUUUUUCCGACUCAACGGAUACCCGGCUAGCUUUGUGAAAAAUUGUCUCAGACGUCAGCAACAACCACAAAACGUCGACUCUAAUGGAGACAGGGUAUCACGGAAAUUCUAUUCCCUGCCCUACAUGCCGAGAAUUUCCGAAGCGAUCGCUCGACAACUAAAUCAAUUCGGCAUCUCCAUCGCCCACAAACCGGCGUCUUCAUUGCGCACGACAUUAUCCCGGGUAAAAGACCCCAUACCGAAGGAGCAGCAAACAAAUGUCAUUUACCGCAUUCCAUGUUCAAACUGCUCUAGCGUUUAUGUUGGGCAUACCGGCCGACGACUUGGGACCCGCAUUAACGAACAUAAGUUGGCCAUCCGCCGACGGGACCCCUUGUCUCUCGUGUUUGCGCACUCCCUUGAGUGUGAUCACCGCUUCAACUGGGAGGGGACCGAAGUGAUCGCAAGUGCCAACACCAAACAAGCGCGAGAGUUUCUAGAAGCUUGGCACUCUAAUAGCAAUAGCAUCAACCGCCAUAUCGACUUGGACGCUCAAUACGAAGGCUUACGUUCACGGUUCGCCGGCUUGCGCCCACCCUAA